AAACAGCUAAGUCAAGGAUACUUCUACGCUCUCCCCUCUAACCUCUUUUUUUUCCUCUCCGUACCUUCUCGUCUCCUCCGUUAGAACACAGCCCUUGACCGAGAAUUCAAAGCGCCUCCUUUAAAAGACCAAUAACCUUCGCGUCUUCUUCCAUUCCCUCAAUCUCUGUCCUUUCUUCCUUCCUGCUUUCUCUUCCACCUCCCCAUAUCCCCCCAAAAAAGCCAAAAGAAACAGAAACAUACCCCUGAAAACAAAAUCUUAAUUUUUCUUGCCAGUCUUCUCAACUCUAUAUAUCCUUAACCCAUCUCCUUCCCUUGAUCCCACUAACAAAAAGCUCGAGCCUUGAUCAUGGAAUCCCAUUCCCUCAGCCUCGACCUCACCAUCGGCAUCGCAAAGCAGAGCAUUCUGCAAGAGCCGAGCCCUCCUCCGUGCUUGCAGGAGGAGCUCAAGCGUGUUACAGAGGAGAACAUGAAGCUUACAUCGAUGCUCGCCACCAUGUGCGAGAGCUACGACGCACUUCGAGCUCAGCUGAUAGACAUGAUCGGCCCCACCGCUGCGGUAGCAUCGUCAGAGGGAGCGCGAUCCAGUUCGCCGCCGUCGGCGAAGCGUAAGAGUACUGAGAGCGCCGGCGAUGCCGCGAACAGCGUUUCGAGCGCGAACUCGUGCAAGAAGGCGAAGGAGGAAGGAUCUAAGCCGAAGAUCUGGAAGCUGUACGCUCGCACUGAUCCAUCUGAUUCAAGCCUGGUGGUGAGAGAUGGAUAUCAAUGGAGGAAGUAUGGGCAGAAGGUUACAAGGGAUAAUCCAUGUCCGAGAGCUUAUUUCAGAUGCUCGUUUGCUCCUACUUGCCCUGUUAAGAAAAAGGUGCAGAGAAGUGCCGAUGAUCAGUGCUUACUCGUGGCCACUUACGAAGGCGAGCACAACCACUACCAGUCGUCUGCGGCUGAAGUCGAAAACGCUGUAAGCCGGAAAACCGCCGGCACGGCGGAUGGCGUUGGAGCUUCCGGAGCUCCGGAGACGAAGGAUAGUAGGGGGGAAAGAGAAGAAGCCCGGCAACCAGAGCUGAGGGAAAGGCUUGUGAAGGACAUGGCCUCAUCGCUGACAAAGGAUUCAAACUUCACGGCGGUGAUUGCCGCCGCGAUCUCCGGAAGGUUUUUAGGCAUUUCGACGGCGCAGGAGAUGUGAGGUGGAUCGUUGUGCUAUUUUUCGUGCUAUUUAUUUGUAGUCAUAUAUUUGUAUAUUUUAGGUUGAAUUCUUUCGUUUUACUCCUCUUUUGUUUUGAUUAUUUAGAAGUUGUAUUAAAGAGUUCAAUUGUUAUGAAUGCAGCUGCCCAAAGCUAAUGUUGUGAAUAAUCAAUACAAUUUUUAU